CGCCUGCCACCUCGUUGUGAUCGAACAAACGGCCGCAAUGGCCUGCAUGCCAGAAUCCCCCUAGUUCAACAUCGCCUCAUCCCGCAUGUUCGACUUCCCCGAGAUCUCUUUCCCCGCAUGGAUGCCACAUUGUUGGUGAGUUGGUGACUGGGGUCGUGGCAUGAUUGAGGAGUUGAGCGCGUGUCGUCCGCAUCAUGUUCUUCCGGAGGACCCCGUUGGCCGGGCCACUGAGGGCUGAGAGAGUCUAGUAUCAGCACCAUGGUAUAUAAGACAGGCGCCCUUGCGGUAUAAAAUGGCCAGGCUUGCCGAAGCAGGUGAUUCCUACAUACUUCUUCAACUUCCUCUAGAACUCCAUCAUGCCCUCUGUAAAGCGCGCAAUCAGGAUUGCCGGCUCGUCUGGCGGUUUCUCCGACCGCCAGCGCGCCAUUGGCGACCUGGCCAAGAACUGCGAUGUCGACUGCAUCAUUGGCGACUGGCUGUCCGAAUGCACAAUGACCCUGCACGGCGCGCAGAAGCAGGAGAAUGAGAAGCUCCGAAAAGCAGGGCAGCUCACGGACGAGCCUGUCGGUCUCUUUGACCCGACCUUUAUGGACAAUCUCUCGCCUGCAUUACCGUACCUCAAGUCCAAGAACAUCAAAGUUGCCGUGAACGCCGGUGCGAGCGAUACCGAACUUCUGGCAACGACCGUGGAAAAGGAGGUCAAGAGACAGGGUCUCGACCUCAAGGUUGGCUGGGUGAGCGGUGACGAGGUCACGGAGACUGUGAAGAGGUUGCAGGCCAAUGGGGAGGCCUUUCCCAGCUUGAUGAACGGGAAGCCUCUGAGUGAAUGGGGACACGAAAUCAUCGCGGCCCAAUGCUAUCUCGGAGGCGCAGGCGUUGCUGAGGCCCUUCGCCAGGGCUGUGACAUUGUCAUUUGCGGUCGUGUUGCCGAUGCCGCCACCACUAUUGGCGCUGCCAUGUGGUGGCACGGCUGGGACCGCGAGACUGACCUGGACCAGAUUGCUGGGUCUCUCGUGACAGGCCACCUGAUUGAGUGUUCGGCCUACGUCUGCGGCGGGUACUACUCGGGCUUCAAGAGGCUCAUGGACAAAUGCGAGAACAUUGGCUUCCCCAUUGCCGAGGUGGACGCUGACGGUUCGUGUGUCAUCACCAAAGAAGCUGGUACUGGCGGUGAAGUGUCCGUGGGAACUGUCUCGUCACAGCUUCUGUACGAGAUCCAGGGUCCCCUCUACUACGGCUCGGAUGUCACGGCGAACCUCGUGGGCAUUGUCAUGAGGGAGAUUGGCAAGGAUCGCGUCCAAGUCACUGGUGUCAAGGGCCUUCCCGCGCCAUCAACGACAAAGGUCGGACUGACGGCCUGGGGCGGCUACCAAGCCGAGUUCCACUACCACAUUGUCGGUCUGGACCUUGAAGAAAAAGCCGAAUGGACGGAGCGACAAGUUCGCUACUCGAUUGGCGACGCGAUCAAGGACCUCACCUGUCUCAAGUUCUCGCUGAACGGAUACUCGCAAGAGAACCCUCGGAACCAAGAGGUCGCCACCGUCGACUUGCGCGUCUUUGUCCAGACGAAGAAGAAGGCGCUCGUGGACAAGUUCACCCUUGACGUACCAGGAUUCAACCGCUGGUGCAUGGAGAACUUUUUGCAGUCAUGCCCUGGGGCGUCCCUGGACAACGACCAGCGCCAGAGCGAGGGCAAAGAGUUCUUUGAGUACUACGUGACCCUGCUGCCACAGUCGGAAGUCAAGCACCGGGUGGAGCUCCCGUGGAUGGGGAAGAGCAUCGACAUUCCAGUGCAGAACAACGUCACGACAUAUCCGCGGGAUCAAAAGUCGUAUGAGUGCGCUCAUCCUGUGGACUUGACAUCCUAUGGACCUACCACACGCGGACCCCUGGGCUGGGUCGUUGGUGGUCGUUCGGGCGACAAAGCCUCCGAUGCCAAUGUGGGGUUCUACGUGCGCCAUGAAGACGAGUAUGACUGGCUGCGUAGCCUUCUCACGAUUGACAAGGUGCACCAACUCCUCGAGGGCUCCGACAAGGGCCGCAAAAUUGAACGGUUUGAGAUUCCUGGGAUUAGGGCGGUGCACUUUUUGAUCAGGGAUCACCUGGAUCGGGGGUUCAACUCGACGAGCGAGUACGACACGCUGGGUAAGAAUGUGUGCGAGUAUUUGCGAGCCAAGUACGUCGACAUUCCCAACAAGUUCCUCAGAAGGGGGAGGUUCUGAGCUAUUCUAGAGCUGUUGAGGACGGUCACCGCGAGACUCAAUACCAGCAUUUUGUGUGCCUACCCUGUAGACAAUAUUACUCCUCUUCUUGCGGAUUUCCAUGGGUGAGAUGCUAGUUUCGAGCCUUGUAUUUGCGCUGCUAUGGUGAGAUUUGCGUGGCCAAACUGGGCAAGUGAUACGAUA